GUCAGACUCACAAGUUGGUGGUAAACAAUCAUGGCUGACCUCUUACCGGAGUUCGAGCAGCAGUUCGCCACAGUAACUGCUGAUAUAACCUCAAAAAUAUGUAUAUUACCCUCGAGAGAAGGAGCUGAACGAAGAACAGUGAUUCAUGAUGUGGAAAAGCUGGUUGAGGAAGCAAAAGAAUUGCUGGAGAGGAUGGACCUGGAGGUGCGGGAUAUGGAGCCUGUACAGAGGGAGAAACUUGGAGGACGACUCAAAAGUUAUCAAGUUGAGCUGAAGCGCUUAGAGGGAGAGUACUCACGCAUCAAGUCCUCCAUGUCUAAUGAAGCUAGCAUGAGAUCAGAACUCUUGGAAGACUGUCAGGCUGGUAUGAGCGUUGGGGAGGAACAGCAACAGUCACUCUUGGACAACACCGAAAGCUUAGAACGCACUUCUACACGUAUUACCCAGGGGAGCAAAAUAGCUGUAGAGACUGAGCACAUUGGAGCUCAGAUACUCAAUGAUUUGUACAGUCAGAGACAAACCAUCAGUCAUGCACGAGAAAGGCUACGCGAGACUGAUGCUGACCUGGACCAGAGUUCGAGAGUUCUCAACACUAUGUUAAGACGGGUAUUACAAAAUAGGUUUAUCUUGUACACUGUUUUAGGUAUUGUAGCGAUUGUCAUAAUUUUUGCAAUUUACUACUCAGUUAGCAAUGGAUGACGAUAAAGUUAUGUUUGAUAGGAUUUUCAUAAAACUUAAUAUAUUAACACUUUAAACAACAACAUAUUACAUUAAGGGCAACUAAUUUAAUUAAAAACAUUAAGAAUAACCACUGAAUUAUAAGUACUGCAACUAAAACAUUUCUGUAACAUAACAGUAAACACACUGUCUGAUACAAAAGCAUUUUAAAGUUUCUGAAUAUUA